UCUGUGAAUAAAACAACAUGGAUCACAAUUCUUCUAAUUGUUUCCUACCUGGUGAUUUCAGGUGCACUGUGGGCGAAGAGAAAUGUAACAGGACUCGUAGGAAGAGCGAUCACAAUCGAUUGUCACUAUGAAGCAAAGUACCUUUCACGUGCAAAGUAUUGGUGCCGUGGAUGGACUGACCAAUGUACAGUUUUAGUGGAAACAAAUGAUCAACAUGGACAGAGUGGACGAGUGUCAAUCACAGAUUACCCGGAACGGGGAAUAUUUACUGUUACUAUGGAGGAUCUUCACUCUGGAGAUACAGGAUGGUACAGCUGUGGAAUUACAACACUGGGUUAUGAUCCAAUAUUUAACAUACAUUUCCAAGUAUCUGAUGAACCCGUGUCUGUCCCUGUGCUUCGAUAUCUGUCACCAGCAAAUGUCUCAUGUCUCGGGGGCUCAGUGCCAGUUUCCUGUGAGUCCUUCCAGGGAUCCCUUCCCAUUCAGUACAGCUGGUAUGAACAAACCUCAUCUGGGAAUCAAAGCAUUUCAGAUACAAAUGAACUGGCACUACAUUGUCAAUCCUUCACCCGCCAGCACCAUCAAUUGGCCUUGAAUCAGCUUGGAGCAAGAUCCAGUGGAAUAGUUGAAGUGACAGUCUUCAACAACGGAGAGAUCUGCAGUUAUGUGACAGAAAUCAAUGGCAUCAUUUCAGAUGCAUUGUGGGCAGAGGAAUAUGUAAGAGGAGUUGUGGGAAGAGCGAUCACAAUCGAUUGUCACUAUGAAGCCAUGUACAGCUCAGACACAAAGUAUUGGUGCCACGGAUGGACUCGUCAAUGUUCAAUUUUAGUGGAAACAAAAGGUCAACAUGGACAGAGUGGACAAGUGUCAAUCACAGAUUACCCGGAAUGGGGAAUAUUUACUGUUACUAUGGAGGAUCUUCACUCUGGAGAUACAGGAUGGUACAGCUGUGGAAUUACAACAUCAGGUUCCGAUUCGAUGUUUAAUGUGCAUUUACAAGUAUCUGAAGAACCCGUGUCUGUUCCUGUGCUUCGAUAUCAGUCACCAGCAAAUGUCUCACGUCUUGGGGGCUCUGUGUCAGUUUCCUGUGAGUCCCUCCAGGGAUCCCUUCCCAUUCAGUACACGUGGUAUGAAAAAACCUCAUCUGGGCAUCCAAAGAUCUCAGAUACCAAUGAACUGGCUCUACAUUGUCAAUCCUCUAAACAGCAGCACCAUCAAUAUUACUGCAAAGCUUCGAAUCAGCUUGGAGCAAGAUCCAGUGUAACGGUCAAUGUGACAGUUUUCAACCACGGAGAGAUCUGCAGCUAUGUGACAGAAAUCAAUGGCACCAUUUCAGGUGCUUUAUGGGCAGAAGAUAAAGUAAGAGGAGUUGUGGGAAGAGUGAGCACAAUCGAUUGUCACUAUGCACCAAUGUACCGUUCACACACAAAGUAUUUGUGCCACAUCUGGGAUCACCAAUGCACAUUGUUAGUGAAUACAACUGGACAAAGUGAACAGUAUGGAAGAAUGACAAUCAGAGAUAACACAUCCCAGGGAAUCUUUACUGUUACUAUGGAGAAUCUUGUCUCUCAAGAUACAGGACAUUACAGAUGUGGAAUUGAAACAUCUGGAAAUCAUCCAGUGUUUGACGUGGAUCUACACGUGUCUGACGAACCUGUGUCUGUUCCUGUGCUUCGAUAUCUGUCAUCAGCAAAUGUCUCCCGUAUCGGGGGCUCAAUGAGAGUUUCCUGUGAGACCUACCAGGGAUCCCUUCCCAUUCAGUACACGUGGUAUGAAAAAACCUCAUCUAAGCAUACAAAGAUCUCAGAUACCAAUGAACUGGCUCUACAUUGUCAAUCCUUCAACCAGCAGCACCAUCAAUAUUACUGCAAAGCCUCGAAUCGGCUUGGAGCAAGAUCCAGUGGAAUGGUUAAUGUGACAGUUUUCAACAAUGGAGAGAUCUGCAGCUAUGUGACAGAAAUCAAUGGCACCAUUUCAGGUGCUUUACGGGCUGAAGAUAAAGUAAGAGGAGUUGUGGGAAGAGCAAUCACAAUCGAUUGUCACUAUGCAACAAUCUACCGUUCACACACAAAAUACUUGUGCCGCAUCUGGGAUCACCAAUGCACAUCGUUAGUGAAUACAAAUGGGCAAAAUGAAACACAUGGGAGAAUGACAAUAAGAGAUAACACAUCCCAGGGAAUCUUUACUGUUACUAUGGAGAAUCUUGUCUCUCAAGAUACAGGACUUUACAGAUGUGGAAUUGAAACAUCUGGAAAUCAUCCAGUGUUUGACGUGGAUCUACACGUGUCUGACGAACCCGUGUCUGCUCCUUUGCUUAAAUUUUCACCACGAACAAGUGGCUCAAGUUGUGGGGACUCAAUGUCAGUGUCCUGUGAGUCUGUCCAUGGAUCCUUUCCCAUUCAGUACUCAUGGUAUGAAAAGACACCAUCUGUAGAUUCAAAUAUCUCUGAUACCAAUAAACUGGAUCUACAUUGUCAAUCCUUAAAAUACAACAACCAUCUGUAUUAUUGCAAAGCCUCAAAUACUCAAGGAGAAAAGUCUAGUGAAAUGGUCAAUGUGUCCAUCUCCAGCAGUGUCAGCACCUGCAGAAAUGUGAUUGAAGUCAACAGCACGGCAUGCCAUAACAUCCCGAAACCAGUGAGCAUGAUUAGGCGGAGCAGCAUCCUUCCAUUUAAGCAAGAGCGCCCUUCUAGUCUUAAGAGAGAUAAGAACCAGAAUGUGCAAUGCUCUAAUAUGUCUCUGAGAAAAAUGAAAGCCGCUGCAAAAGGAACAGAACAAGACUCUCCAACUACUUUGGAAUCUAUUGGAGAUUUCCUUAAAAAGCAAAGAACGGAACUCUCUGAUGAAUUUCAACAUCUUAAUGUCAAGUUGGAUGCUAUUCAACAAACUUUAAACGAACAUGAAAAGCAAAUUAAAGAGAAUAAAGAAGCUUUGUCAUUAUUGGAAGCCGACUUAGAAUAUUUUGCUUAUCACUCAAAUCGGUCCACUGAUGAUGCCAUAGUCUCUGCAUUCCUCUCCAUCCUGUCCCAUCUGGAAAAUCGUGCCUCGUACAUCAGGAUGCUGUUUACUGACUUCAGCUCAGCACUUAGUAUGAUCAUGCAGCAGAAUCUGGUCGGUAAACUGUCCUCGCUGGGUCUCAACACCUUUCUCUGUAACUGGAUAUUGGACUUCCAGACAGAAAGAUCACAGUUAGUCCAUGUUGGAAGCAACAUCUCCAGCUCCAUCACCAGUACCUCACAGGGCUGCAUUCUCAGCCUGAUGCUGAUGCAUGACUGUACUGCUAGGUUCAGUUCUAACCGAAUCAUCAAGUUCACUAAUGACACAACAGUGGUUGGCCUCAUCAACGACGAUGAUGAGACAAUGCAGCCUGACCCGCUGAGCACCUUCGCAGGUGAUUUUCAGCAUCAGCAGCCGCUUGUGCCUUCUAAUCGGAACUACAUCUCCCACAGUGCAGAGCGCAGAUCCUGCUGCGCGACCGGACGUGAGGUCAGGAAAGGGCAGGGUUUCCGUUUUCAAACGCUAACUGUCAGGGCUCGUGGCGAGCGGUCGGGUUUAAACCGCCAACAUUUCAGGCGCUGGAGUCCGGUUGCGGGCAAGCAGCUACUCGGCGGCCGAACCUCCCGGCCGGCCGGUUGCUCGGCUCCCACACGGGAUUUGUCAUUUCCGUGA